AUGGCAGGCCACACUUCCGUCAACGGCGCUGACACUGCUAGCAUGGCCAAUGCCAAGGCGUCGUCGUCGCGCAGCCCGCUUCAGGCCGCAGCGGCAUCGAGUGAAGCCGCGCGUCUGUUGCCACAGGUGCUGCAGCUCGUGCAGGACUUCAUCGCAUCGGGCGAGAAACCUGAAACAUACGUUGCGCCAUGGGGCAGCAUCCCGGACUUUCGCAAGGCCGUCACCCUCGACCUUCCCGACAGCGUCGACACCGAUGCAUCUGGGAUGCCCGAUGAGACGGCACUCAUGGACGCGAUCCGGCUCGUGUUUGACCACUCGGUCAACCCGUGGACAGGGCGAUUCCUGGACAAGCUGUAUGCAGCUACGACGCCCGUGGGAAUCGCAGCGGAUCUGGUGCUGAGCGCAGUCAACGCCAACGCGCACGUCAUGUCGGCAUCGCCCGUGCUCAGUCUCGCCGAAGAGCGCUGCGUCGAGGGCCUGUGCGAGGUGUUUGGAUUCACGGACAAGAAGCCUGAUGGGCUCACCAUGCCCGGCGGUUCGGCGGCCAACACGCUGGCGGUACAGACGGCGCUCGCCAACGUCUUCCCGCCCUUCCGAACGCAGGGCGUGCUGGGUGUGGUGCAGUACUUGGCCGACAAGGGCAAAGCGCCGAGGCCUCUGCUGUUUACAUCGUCGCAAUGCCACUACUCGCUGGACAAGGCGGCCAUCUCUGCCGGGCUCGGACUCGAUUCGGUCGUCAAGGUGGCUUGCGACACAACAGGGCGUAUGUGUCCCAAGGCACUCGAGCAAGCGCUGGAGCAAGCUGUGCAGCAGCGCACCGGAACUCCGUUCCUGAUCAACGCCACCUCGGGCACCACGGUGCUGGGCUCGUUCGACCCGCUGCCCGAGCUCGCUGCGGUGGCGCGCAAGUACGGCUGCUGGCUGCACAUCGAUGCAUCCUGGGGCGGACCGAUCGUGUUUAGCCACCGCGCCGAAUACGCCGGCCUGAUGAAGGGCAGCCAGCUGGCGGACUCGAUCACGAUCAACCCGCACAAGCUGCUCAACGUGCCGCUGCAGUGCUCGUUCCUGCUGGUGCGCGACGCCGACACGCUCUCGGCCAACAGCCUCGAUGCCGGCUACCUCUUUCACUCCAAGGACCGCCGCGAAAAUGCCGCGAUGAAGACCAUGGGCUGCGGCCGACGCGGCGACGCACUCAAGUUCUGGCUCUACUGGGUGCGCUACGGCAAGCAAGGCUUCGGCCACCACGUCGACGCCGGCCUCCAACUCGCCACCGAGCUCGUCGAGUACAUCCGCUCCAAGCCCGAGCUCGAGCUCGGCCCGCUCGCCGACCCGCUCUUCCUCCAGAUCUGCUUCCGCCCCAAGCAGCCGGACAGCGCCGACGAUGCCGCGCACGCGCUGGAACCAGAGCAGGUUCGCGUCCGAUCCAAGGGUACACAGUUUGUCUACCAGGAGCUCAAGCGCCGCCGCAUGUUUGCCGUCGACUUUGCACCGCUGCCCAACGACAUUGGCGACUAUAUCCGCCUGGUCGUGCACCCGCGCACGCGUAUGGACGACCUCCGGACGCUCGUCGACCAGGUCGCUGAGAUCGGCUCUCGUCGUCUCUUGCCGACCAACUCCUCCAUCCACCAUCCUAGUUUUGCCGUGCCCAACCGCCUCGAUCCGCCCAGAAUGUAUCGCAGCAAACGCUCCACAAAACAAUCCUCCAAACUCAAGAUCCUGCCCGAGGAGCCCGAGGACAGCUCGACGGGCGGUCCCAGCGGCGGCGCCACCCCGCUCAAUGCCUCGUCGCCCGUCAUCGGGGCUGCCUCGACGCUCUCCGCCAGCCUGGGUGGUGCCAACACCGGUGGAUACCGUCGCAAUCCUUCGUACUCUGAGCCACCGGCGCCGUCCGCCUCGCUUGCUGCUGCCAAUGCCAACUCGCCGCACCACUCGGUGGAUGACGACGACAGCUCCUCGGACGAUGCCGCCGAGGGCGAGGACGAAGAGGCGGUCGAGGUGUACAAGCAGCUGGCCCAGAUCCCCGAGGGCUCGAUGCGUCGCGAUGCACGACGCCUCACAAAGCGAUCGCGUGCCAAACUCCCGCGCGUCACCGCCUACUCGACCGCAACAUCGUACCGCAUGCGCGAACUCACAAAGUGGCUCAACGCCAGACGCUCCUCGCACCACACCAACGUCAUGACGUUCGACGAGUGCCUCUACACCACCUACACCUACAAGCACGUCGAUGAGGCGCGUGGGCUCGUGCCGGCGCCGACCAGUGCCAACGGAUCCGGCAAACAUCACUCGAGCCGGUCCAAGGAUGCGUCUGCCAAGACGGCGGAUUUGCUGGGCAUCCCCGAGCUGCGCCAGGAUGCACAGCAGCACGAUGGCAGUGCUGGUGCGGGCGAGCGCGAGCGCGAGGGCGAGGGUGCGGACGAGACAGCAGCAGCAGCAGCUGCCAAGCGCAAACGCAGCCGGUUCGCCGUAGACGAUGUGGUGCCGGAGCUGUUCAUCAUGGACUACGGCACCAUCGUCAUCUGGGGCAUGACCCUGGUGGAAGAGAAGCGCUUCCUGCGCGAGCUGCGCCGAUUCGAAGUGGAGCGUCUGGCUUCGGAAGACGUCGAGAGCGAGGAUCUGCACUGGUAUCUUGCCGACUACUCGCGCAUCUACAACGACGUGAUCACGCUGCGUCGGGGUUCGUCGUACAUGACCAAGCUGAGUCUGUCGCACGCGCUGGCGCAGUCGACCAAGAUCUCCUUCUUCGAGGGCAUCAUCGACAAUACGAUCGAAAGCACCAAGGACAUCCCGCAGAGCAUCGCCGAGAGCGGCAAGAUCGGCAUGCCCCCCGCCGAAAUCAUGAAGCAGAUCGGCCAUCUGUUCAUCCUGCGCAUGAACAUCCAUCUCGUCGGCAGCAUCGUCGAUAGCCCCGAGAUCUUUUGGAGGCAGCCCGAUUUGGAACCGCUCUAUUCGGCCGCGAGGAGCUAUCUGGAGAUCCCACAGCGCAUCGAUCUGCUCAAUACCCGCGUCGAGGUGCUCCAGGACAUGCUGCAGCUCUUGAAGGACCAGGUGACCUCCAGCCAUUCCGAGUAUCUCGAGAUCGUCGUCAUCCUGCUCAUCAUGCUCGAGAUCGUAUUGGGUGUGGCGACCAUGUUGGUGGAUCUGUACUUUGGGUAG